AUGUCUGCCGUGGCUCCCACUAUCCCCGGGGCUGACCCAUCAAAAGAUAUACAAAAGCGCCGUGCUGGCAGUGUUGGCUCCGAUGAAGACGACGCAAGUGGUGGGAAAUACACAAGGAUGGAGGAGGAUAAUAUUCAAGACAAAGAAAGGUUUGCAAGUCGUGAGAAUCAUUGCGAGAUCGAGCGUCGACGUAGGAACAAGAUGACGGCAUAUAUUACGGAGCUGUCGGAUAUGGUUCCAACAUGUUCCGCUCUCGCCCGCAAGCCAGACAAACUAACCAUACUGCGUAUGGCAGUAGCACAUAUGAAAGCACUCAGAGGUACAGGGAAUACCUCCACCGAUGGCACAUACAAGCCUUCUUUUUUAACGGAUCAAGAAUUGAAGCACCUUAUUUUAGAAGCGGCAGAUGGUUUUUUAUUCGUAGUAAGUUGUGACACCGGUCGCAUAAUAUAUGUCAGUGACAGUAUAGCACCGGUGCUAAACUAUUCUCAGGGAGAAUGGUAUUCGUCAUGUUUAUAUGAUCAAGUACACCCUGACGAUGUUGAAAAAGUUCGCGAACAAUUAAGCACACAGGAACCACAAAAUACUGGACGUAUAUUAGACUUAAAAACUGGGACCGUAAAAAAAGAGGGACAUCAGUCGUCGAUGCGCCAGGUGAUGGGCUCGCGGCGCGGCUUCAUCUGCCGGAUGCGCGUGGGCGGAACGGGCGCGGGCGACGCGCACGUUGGCCGGCUGCGCGCGCGCAACUCGCUCGGCCCCUCCCACGACGGCCACAACUACGCGGUGGUGCACUGCACCGGCUACAUCAAGAACUGGCCGCCCACAGAUCUGUUUCCAGGUAUGCAGAUGGAUCGGCCGGUGGAGGACGAGCUGCACGCCUCGCAUUGUUGCCUCGUCGCUAUUGGACGGUUACAGGUGACGUCGACGCCGACGAACGCGGAGGGGGCGGCGUGCGGGGGCGCUGAGUUCGUGUCCCGGCACGCGGCCGACGGGCGCUUCACGUUCGCGGACCAGCGCGCCGCGCAGGUGGUGGGCCACGCGCCCCAAGACCUCCUCGGCAAGCUCUGCUACGAGUUCUACCACCCGGAGGACCAGCAGCACAUGCGCGACAACUUCGACCAAGUUCUGAAGCUCAAAGGACAAAUAAUCUCCUUAAUGUACCGGUUUCGGACCAAAAGCAGAGAGUGGAUCUGGCUGAGAACGUCCGCCUUCGCCUUCCUAAACCCUUACAACGACGAAGUAGAAUACAUUGUGUGCACCAACACACUGGCAAACCGGUCCCUAGGUAGUACAGCUGGGGAGUCGGUUGCCGAAGAGAGUUACGACUAUCACCUUCGCCAACGCGAUGUUUACCAGGCACCCGCACCUGCUAUUCAUCAGCAGCACCACGCUCCACCAGCGGGUAGCGGAGUGAGCGCACGGUCGCCCGGUGAGGCGGUGGGCGGCGCAGUAGGGGCAGUGGGUGCGGCGGGAGCACCGUACGCACACUACGCGCCCGAUUAUUCGCCCCAUCGUCCCGCCAACACACCGCCGCACACAACGUGGACCACGCUGCGCCCCAGUGGCGGCGCUAGUGGUGAGAGCUAUGCGUACAGCGGCGAAGCUGGUGGUGCUGCCGGUAGUGGCGCCCCGGGGCCAACGGGCAGCGGUAGCCCGGCACGCUCGCCGCCCGCUCCCGCUUACCUGCCGCCGGCAGCCCACUACCACCAUCAUAACCACCACGCGCACCCCACUCAUCCGACACAUCCCACCCACGAAGGUGAUGGUGUGGUUGCAGGCAUGUGGUCGUGGCAAGGUGGAGCUUUGAAUAGAACACAUUUAAUGUAUGAUCUUGGCAGC